AUGGCUGGAUCUGGAAGCUCAGAUGUGAGAACUCCAAUUUUCUCUGGUGAAAAUUAUGAGUUUUGGAAGAUUAAGAUGGUGACCAUAUUCAAAUCAUAUGGGCUUUGGAAUCUGGUAGAGAAGGGAAUUCCAGUUUUAGAUUCGAAGAAGAAGGAGAAGGACUCUGCCAAAGCUGCUUGGGAGCUAUUGCAUGGAGAAUUUCAUGGUGGAGAUCAUGUUAGAUCGGUAAAACUUCAAAAUCUUAGACGUGAAUUUGAAUAUACUAGGAUGCAUGAUAGUGAGUCAUUGUCUACUUAUCUUACUAGACUGAAUGAUCUGAUUAAUCAAAUGAAAACUUAUGGUGAAGUGCUCUCGAAUGAGAGGCUUGUGCAAAAGGUUUUGAUUAGUCUUAGCAAGGUUUAUGACCCCAUUUGUUUAGUGAUUGAAAACACUAAGAGUCUAGAGACUGUGGAGUUGCAAGAGGUAAUUGCUAUUCUGAAAAGUCAAGAGCAGCGAUUUGAGUUGCACAAUGUAGAUGCAACUGAGAAAGCUUUUGCCUCAUUCACAGUGAGUUCAAAAGGUCAGAAUAAAAAUGCAACUAAUUCUGGUUCAUCCAAGACUCAGAAAAAUUGGAAUCCAAAAGGUAAACCUUGGGAAUCGAAAGGCAAGCCUCAAUGGAAUAAUUCUGCACAGACUCACAGCUCAUCUACAGGUCAAGAAGCUGUAAAACCCCAAUGCAAGGUGUGCUCCAAGUAUCACUUUGGAGAAUGCAGGUAUAAAGGCAAGCCAAAGUGUUACAACUGUGACAGGUUUGGUCACUUGGCUAGAGAGUGCAUUGCAGAGAAGGCUGUGCAAAAGGCAAACUGUGCAAGUCAAAAGGAGGUGACUAGAACCUGUUUUAUGCAAACUGCACUACCACUGAGUCAAAACCGAAUGGGGAUUGGUAUAUUGACAGUGGCUGUAGCAAUCAUAUGA